AUGACCUUGUCUGGUAAAGUCCAUUCCUUAACUCUCUCUCCCACCCCCUUCUGCACCUAUAGGUCACUUUCCCUGUUGUUAUCCCUUGUGACUCUGGUGCACUCAACAGAGGUUGCGCAGCUGAGGACUUCCGUCUUCUCAGGUACUGUCACUUGCCAUGAAGAUAGAAUGACAGUGGAGUUUUCAAGCGAUCUUGGCACUGAGAAAUGGCAUGCAUCUGUGAUGGAUCCCUUUGGUCUUGAAAUGCUGAAUUGCACUUAUGUCCUCAACCCAGAAGAGCGCACCCUACAAGCUCCCUAUGAGACCUGUACCAGCAGAGUGCUUGGUCAGCACCAGAUGACCAUCAGGUUCAUGGACAACAGUGCUGCUAUGGAACGCAAGGCUUUCAUGUAUCAGGUCAGCUGUCCAGCUGUGCCGGCAGGAGGAGCCCAGGAGCACCCAGGAUCCACCCUGUGCACGAAGGAUUUCAUGUCUUUUCCCUUUUAUGGUGUUCCUGGCAUGGCUGAUGAAAAUACGCAGCAGAUGGGAUGGAGCAUUGAGGUUGGUCAUGGUGCAGGAGCCCAAACUCUGACCCUUCUGGAGGCGAUGGUGCAAGGAUUUAACAUCCUGAUUGACGACUACAAGAUGACCGUGCAAGUGCCAUUCAACGCCACCGGAGUGAAUCGCUACGCGCAAGGUGACAGUCAUCUCUACACGGUGCCUCUGAAGCUCAUCCAUGUAAUUUUUGGACAAAAGACCAUUAUAGCAGCACAAGUGACUUGUCUAUCAGGUCCUGUGACCUGCAAUGCCACACACAUGACUCUCACCAUCCCAGAGUUUCCUGGGAAGUUAAAAUCCGUGAGCUUUGGAAACAGAGACAUUGCCAUGAGCCAGCUGCAUCGGAACGGCAUUGGUACAGAGGCAGCAGGUGGCCUGAGACUGCACUUCAGCAAAGCUCUUCUCAAAAUGAAGUUCUCAGAACGGUGCCUGCCCUAUCAGUUCUACUUGCCUUCACUCAAGCUGACUUUUUCCUUCCGACGGGAGAUAGUAUCCAUGGUGGUUUACCCCGAGUGUCUCUGUGAGUCCCCACAUCUCACGGCCACUCUCAUUACAGGCGAGCUGUGCACCCAGGACGGGUUCAUGGAUGUCCAAGUCCACAGCCACCACAUGAGCCCAGCUCUCAGCCUGGCCACCCUCAGAGUGGGGGACUCCUCCUGCCGGCCCCUCCUCGCAGCGGCGCCCCGGGGGCUGGCGCGGUUUCGCAUCCCCCUGAACGGAUGUGGGACGAUGCUCAGGGUCCAGGACGGCGAGGUCAUCUAUGAGAAUGAGAUCCGCGCUCUCCCGGCCGGGCUUCCUCCACGCGCCGUGUCCAGAGACGGGGAGUUCAGAGUGACAGUGAGGUGCCACUACCGCACGGGGGCCCCUCCCUGGCACAUGCCUCCUAGCUGUGCAUACAACCUGGACAAGCACAGAACCACCUUCCAUCCGGUUGGCUCCUCUGUGACCUACCCUGCCCACUACCGGAGGUUCGAUGUGAAGACCUUUGCCUUUGUGUCAGCUGCCCAAGUGCUCGCCAGCCUGGUCCACUUCCACUGCAGCGCCUUCCUCUGCGAUCAGCGCUCUCCCCACUCCGCUCUGUGUUCCGGGACUUGCCCUGCGUCCCCGAGAAGCAGGCGAGCCACAGGGGCCACUGAAGAAGAGAAAACAGUAAGUCUGCCGGGACCCAUCCUCCUGUUGUCAGAUGACUCCUCGGGCAGAGACACAGUAGAUGCUGAAGGGCACGGAACUGCUGGAUAUGUUGCUUUCAAAGCCAUGGCGGUUGUAGUUGUCUCCGCAGGUGUGGUAGCAGCUCCAGGCCUCGUCUUUUACCUGCGCAAGAAAAGAACCAGGAUGUUAAAUCAGUGA